AUGCCCGUCUCCCUCGUUCGCGUUCUUUCGCGCGGCCUCCAUGUUUCGGCCCGCCGUCAUGCGCUGUCCCAAUUCAACAUGCCAGCAAUGAGUCCGACAAUGACCGAGGGUGGUAUUGCUUCCUGGAAGAAGAAGGAGGGUGAAGCUUUCAGCGCAGGCGACGUCCUCCUCGAGAUUGAAACCGACAAGGCUACAAUUGACGUAGAGGCUCAAGAUGAUGGUAUCCUCGCUAAAAUCCUUGCCCAAGACGGUUCAAAAGCCGUUCCUGUUGGCUCCGUCAUCGCCAUCAUUGGUGAGGAAGGUGAUGACUUGUCCGGUGCUGCUGCCCUUGCAGAGGAAGCCGCCUCAAAGCCUCAAGCAUCACCACCCAAGGCAGAGGAAAAGGCUCCAGAGCAACCAAAACCUCAGCCUACACCUGCCCCCGAACCUGUCAAGGUGGAGAGCAAGGAGUCCCUGCCCAAGGGCGACCGCAUCUUUGCAAGCCCUAUUGCAAAGAAGAUUGCCCUCGAACGUGGCAUUCCUUUGGCCAAGGUGAAGGGCACUGGUCCUUCAGGUCGCAUCAUUCGUGAGGAUGUCGAGAAAUGGAAGGCACCCGAGGCCGCUGCACCUGCUGCAUCCGCCACCACCGCUGCUGCCGCUGCCCAACCUUCUGUUCCCUCCACCGACUACGUUGACACACCCGUCUCCAACAUGCGCCGCACCAUCGGUGCCCGUCUCACCCAGUCCAAGCAAGAGCUUCCUCACUACUACCUCACCGCCGAAAUCAACAUGGACAAGGUACUCAAACUCAGGGAAGUCUUCAACAAGACCCUCGGCGAGAAGGACAAGUCUGCCAAGCUCAGUGUCAACGACUUCAUCGUCAAGGCUACUGCUUGCGCCCUUUCUGACGUGCCAGAGGCCAACUCUGCGUGGUUGGGCGAGGUCAUCAGAACAUACAAGAAAGCUGACAUCUCGGUGGCCGUCGCUACCCCCACGGGUCUCAUUACACCCAUCGUGAAGGAUGCGGGUGCCAAGGGUCUUGCCUCGAUCUCCGCAGAGACCAAGGCCCUUGCAAAGAAAGCUCGCGAUGGCAAGCUUGCUCCCGCUGAAUACCAGGGUGGUACUUUCACCAUCUCUAACCUGGGCAUGUACGGUAUCGACCACUUCACCGCCAUCAUUAACCCCCCUCAAUCCUGCAUCCUCGCCGUCGGCGCAACCCAAGCUCGUCUCGUACCCGCACCUGAGGAAGAGCGUGGCUUUAAGACAGUUCAGGUCAUGAAGGUUACUCUUAGCUGUGACCACCGUACUGUCGAUGGUGCUGUUGGUGCCCGGUGGUUGAACGCGUUCAAGGGCUACCUCGAAAAUCCUCUGACCUUCAUGCUAUAGACUAUGGUCAUACGUCUAACCCUUUCCAUAGACAUUUUAUAAUGCUACUGGUGUUUUUGGCUACUUACAUUAUGUGCCCACAAUAGAGUUUUUGUAUGUUCGG